AGCAGAGCGCAAUGGAUAGCAGAUAACCAUAUCUACACAUUCUGGUAUAUAUGAAGGCACGACCACACUACUCACGGCAUGUUUACCUCUCCCCAAUUCGCAUUUCACUUUCACAACAACUCCCUGUCCAUUUCUGUCUGUUCCCGAUCAAUCAUACUCCCGACUCAUUCUCAAGAUGUCGCCAACCCACUCCCCAGACCACCAGCUUCCUUUGCCCUCGAACGAAGCAGAUGGCAUGCGCCAAGCACUCCCAGCCGGUGAUAGCAGCUCCGGUCAACAGCCCAUGUACAACUCGCCAGCUGAUUGCGGCGUGGGUGCUCCGUCUCCCAAUCACAUCCAAUUCUCGUCGAUGUAUGAAUCACCCCCAAGCUUCGUCUCCGGCGAACAUCAGCAGACUUGCAUGGGCUAUCAAGACCGCCAAACGGGGAUGAUCCAAGGCGAGCAUCAUGGACAGGCCAUGCCCAUGAUGCAGAACAUGCAAGGAGCACCAAGCUUUUAUUCGCCAUCGUACCUUGCUGCCGUGGAUGCUGGGCCGCAAUAUCCUUCUGGUUUCCCCCAGUUUGGCCAGGCCGGAUGCUUCGCGCCCCAAGAGGCAGCGGGCAUGCCGCAGAUUUCCACAAUGAUCCUACCUUACAAUGGCAGAGCGAGAACGUCGACGUCCACUCGGGAUCACACGGAGUCUAAGUGGACGGACGCGCACGCCGAGGUUCUCCGCCAAGGCAAGCAAGCGGGCAAGUCGGUCCCGGACAUCAUCAAAGAUCUCUACCAGAUCGACGGCGUGGAAAGAACACCGAACCAGGUGUCCAAGAGAUGGGCAAGAAUGAGGGAAAAUUGUGUGAAGAAACAUGACAUGGACUCGAUUGUCCACGCUGUAUGUCCAGAAAUGGUUCGAAUGCUCUUUGGUGAGCUGUCCAACCUCAAUGUUGCUGGUAUGCCCAACUUUGGUGUCCACCUGGCCGCAGCCGAGCGCCAGGCCAAGAGCAUCAUGGGAAAGCACGUGGCUAAGGGCGUGAAAGAAGUCCGUUUUGAGUAUCUCCAGCAAGGAAGUGUUGCGCUCCGAGUGAGGGCGACGCUUCCCAUCGGGAUCCAUGCGUGA